UAGUGGUCACUUGGUCAGAAGGUGAGCUUCAUAUAAGAAUUGUAUUGGCUGACCGGUUUAGUUUAUGUUCGGUGGCCGUGCAAGCAACACUGGAUAGCAACAUGAAUACUCUUAUAUUCUUUGCAGCCGCCGUGGCCAUGGCUUCAGCCACUGGUGAGGAGAAGAUCCUCAACGAUGGAAACAACGUUUUUACCGCCAACAUGUUUUCGGAGGUGGUAAAAGAGCAAGCUGGCAAGAGCGUGGUGAUGUCCGCGUUCUCUGUCCUGCAGCCGCUGGCUCAACUCGCCCUGGCCUCCGUCGGCGAGUCCCAUGACCAGCUCCUCAAGGCCAUCGGCCUUCCCAACGACAAUGUGACCAAAGAAGUUUUCCCCAAGGUGACCGCUCAACUCCGAGCAGUAAAAGGAGUAACACUGAAGCAAGCCAACAAAAUAUACAUUCCCCCCAAUGCUGAAGUAAAGGAAGACUUUGCAGCCCUCUCAAAGAGCGUCUUCGGCUCGGAAUUCAAGAACAUUGACUUUACGAAAAAUGUGCCUGCUGCUAAGGAAAUCAACUCAUGGGUGGAGGAUCAAACGAACCACAAAAUCAAGGACUUGGUCGACCCCAACUCCCUGGGAGCUGACACUCGUGCCGUUCUCGUCAAUGCUUUAUACUUCAAGGGUUCAUGGGAAAAGAAAUUCGAUAAUAAGAUCACUACUGAUCGUGAUUUCCAUGUUACUAAAGACAAGACAGUGAAAGUGCCGACGAUGUACAAGAAAGACGACUUCAAAUAUGCCGAGAGUAAAGAGCUCGAUGCUAAGCUCUUGGAACUGCCAUAUGAAGGAAAGGAGGCAUCUUUCCUCAUCGUCCUCCCCAACGAAAUCGACGGUCUGGCAGCUUUGCAGGAGAAAUUGAAGGACCCCACCGCCUUGGACAAGGCUGUUGCUGAGAUGCGCGAAGUGGAAGUCAACGUAUACCUCCCUAAGUUCAAGAUUGAGACUACUAUCGACCUGAAAAAAGUUCUGCAAAAGAUCGGCAUUACCAGCCUUUUCGACGCCUCAAAGGCCAAGCUGGACAAUCUCUUGAAGAACGAGAGCGGUCUGUACGUCAGUGAUGCCAUCCAGAAGGCUUUCAUCGAAAUCAACGAGGAAGGCGCCGAGGCAGCUGCAGCUAAUGAAUUUUAUAUUCGACCCCCAAUGCCAGCUGUGCCACCGCUGGAACAGUAUUUUGUUGUGGACAAACCAUUUUAUUUUGAAUUAAAAGCUACUUACACCUUAUUUAACGAAGUUAACAUUCUUACCGUUGCAUCUCAAUACAUACUAGAGAAUAUUAUGUAUGUUCGGAAAAACAUCCACGAAUUCAAGGUUAACAGUGAUAUCCAUAACUAUAACACUAGAAACAAACAUAAACUUGCCGUGCCCGCCCACCGCCUCCGUAAGGUUAGUACGUCUUUCGUCGGGAACUGUACACGUUUUUAUAACAAAGUCCCCACUGAUGUAGUGAAUUUACCACUUCACAAAUUUAAGUCGCACAUUAAGCACUCCUUGUUAUGUAAGGCGUACUACACUGUAAAUGAUUUUAUAAACGAUAGAGAUGCUUUUAAGCCGGUAGCUUGAUUGGUUUCAUUAGUA